AUGCCAGACUUCUCGAUUAUCGAGUCGUUUCAUCAUGCAUUAGAAGAAGAUAAAGACCGCCCCAUGCCGAUUGCAGCGAUUUUUGCUUUAUCUGACAUGAUUUUGCAAUCCCGCGCAGGAACGACGUCAGAGCUGAUGGAAAGUAUAAAAAUGGCUAGCGAAGAGCUUAAGGCAAGUCUUCCAAACCCUAUUCCUGCAACAGCAGGUCUUGAACUGUACAUGCGGUUCGUCACGACGAAAAACUGGGCUGGUGGUGAUUUUGAAGCGCACAAGCGUAGCCUUAUUCACACUGCUUUAGAAUUCGCUCAGAACACUGUGCCAAAUUGCCGUGAACGCAUCACGCAUCUCCUUUUGCCAUUCGUCAAGGAUGAUUCGGUGAUUUUGACGCAUGGAUAUUCACGUGUUGUGAUGCAGGCGCUACUCACAGCGGUCAAAACGCACAGGAAGCGAAUCUGUGUGUAUGUGACAGAAAGCCGACCCACGGGCCAAGGGCUACAAACGUACCAUCGCUUGCGUGAGGAAAGUAUUCCUUGCACAGUGGUUCUCGACACGGCAGUAGCGUAUCUCAUGCAUCGUGUAGACAUGUGUCUUCUUGGUGCAGAGGCUGUUGCAGAGUCGGGUGGUAUAUUCAACGCCGUGGGAAGCUACCAGAUCGGAAUAAUCGCAAAGGCAGCAAAGAAGCCAGUAUUUGCUGUGGCUGAGAGUUUCAAAUUCAUGCGCUUGUUUCCCUUAUCACAAUAUGAUGUGCCCAUCUCGGCACGUCGUCUUCCUUUACCAUCGCCAAAUGAUCCUUGUGACGAAUCGCAGGGCAACCGUAUGACACCUGCCAUGGAGGCCCUCAACCCACUGAUUGACUAUACCCUGCCCGAACUACUUACGUUUAUUGUGAGUGACGUAGGUAUUUUGACACCUUCGGGCGUGUCGGAUGCAUUGCUGGCUGUGUAUGGCGGAAGCUAA